GUUUUCCAGAAGUGUUUGGAAACGCUCCCUCUUUCGUCGGUAGUGUCAACGACUACUCACGUGGCCGUUGAGGUUCCAAAGAGCAGUGCUUCUACGAUUCGGCACAGUCUGUUCCACGACAAAUUGCGUCCCUUCCACCCAGAGCCAUUGCCGUUAAGCUCCGAGCUCGGAACUCCUUGGAGCGAACGAAACCUCAACAUUGACACUUAGCAAUCGGAACCACAUCGACAUUAGCGAUCCCAAAUGUACUUACAACCGUUCGAAACCUUCGUCGGGCACCUUGCUACUGAGCAAGAUGCAUAUACCCUGCUAGACGCAUGUGAACGAGGCUGCCUUCGAAGGAUGCGUCGAAGACCUGAAUCUCUUGUUCGAUCCCGUUCGAUGUCGUUGACAUUGGACAAGACAUCCGAAGAAGAAAAUGUGAUACGCAGCGGGACUGUCAUCGUGUUUGAAGAGACGGAAGCCGCCAUCAAGAGAUGGAGAGAUGGUCUUAAAUGGACGCCGUCUCGGAUCCUCGGGCCCUUUCUGAUCUACCGAGAAGUAAAGUCGCAAGGAACUACCGAUGCUUCUGAAUCAGGGGCUCAAAGCCCUACAUCGUCAUCGCCCGGGCCUAGCACCUCAAGUUUAAUCAAAAAAACAUGCGCCAUCUCACUCGGCGAUGCAAGAUUCCACAUCAUCAGCUACUACGCCCAGAACGAUUCAAAAUUGCUAGACUUGAUAACACCUUCCUCAUGGGCGAAGCAGACUGGAUUCAUGUACGACCAGAAACGAUGGAUCAACGCCAAGAUCGCCGGUGGUUGGAAUUCGCAAUCCACCACCGCACUGAAGGCCCGCAUACGGAGUAGCAAGAAGAUCCGCAAGAAGAGCAUCAAGGAGCAACAUGAAGCGUCCCCAUGCUCGUCCGGUAGUUUUGACAGCAUGUCCUCAAUAGAUAGCUUGCUGGACAGUCUUCACGAGGAGCCGUCCAUCAGCGGGUCACUUCACCCAGCAUACCCCACUUCGACCGUGCAAUUGCCGGAUGUAUCGCAGGCGAAUUUGUCUUCCCAAGGGCUGAUUAGGCACGUCGACUUCAUGCCGCUCUACGUCGAUCACUCGCUUCAAACGUCCUCAACUUCGUCCGCACUUUCGCUACCCCAACAAAUACCGAGCAUAGUACUACCAUCACAUCCCAUCUUACCGCCACAAUCAGACGCAAGCUCCGUGCCUUCUUAUGCUCCGAACAUCUCUUUCGCCCACUCUUGGCCGGCGCCGAACAUUCCCGCAAGCAGCCUGCCCGACAAUGGGCGGUUCACCGACUCCUCUCAGUAUGGCUGUCCAGAGCUUGAUCGCAUGCUCGACAGCUUGCUGACGACGACCCCCAACAACGCCUCCUUUUACGCUUCACCCCCAAAUCUCGGGCCCACCACCAUGGCUCCCAACACGCUCCCUUUCUCAGCCGACCUGAGUCCAUUGCUGCCGCUAGGGCCAUCCUUUCGAGCACCGCAAGCUUCGGACAGCCUUGACAUGCUACUCUCGGUAGACCCCGUGUACAUGCAAGGGAACCAAAACAACACGCUGCACAACCUCCAUUCGCCGUAUCCCUCCCCAUCCCCGCUUUCACCCUUCACGGACGGAACAGCUUGUCCGGAUUCAUAUCCAUACACGUGGCUGCCCACGCCUGGCACCGAAGAUUUCUGGCUUCAGUGAUUUACCACCGUGGUUUUUGGAUACUGGUUCGGGAAUCUUUUGCAUUCUCU